AUGGCACUGUACUACAUGUCUCGCGACAUUCAGUCGGCCCGAGCAUCUGAAACGGCACACGGCUGCACAGACGUACUUCGCCGCCACGAGCGGACUUGCAAAUCUCGGGGGCAACAUCCUGAGACGAGCAUUGAAACCGUACCAGAUCAAAGAGACGUCAAACGCAAGCGACUUUCUCAGAGUUCUGGAUCUACUUCAUGUGCCCUCGGACAGGCCGAACCUCCGGUGGAGGAUCUCCCUUCGGAAAGGCACGUCGAGGACUAUAGCUAUGCUCUUUUUGAUGACAUGCUAGGUCUGCCUGACGGCGCCUCAGUCAACAUGCCUUCGCCUCUAGACUUUUCAGCCCUGGACUUUCUCUUGUUCCCCCGCAUCUCUUCAGAUACAUUUGCGGCAGAGAAACUUGAAUAUAUGGCAUACUUUACAAGUGCUAGGGGAAUGUCAACAUUCACUGAUCGCCCGUCCUUCCUUCGGCGCCAGAAAAUGGCAGCCGAAGCCUACGAUAAAAAACUCCUACAUGAGGAAAACUCACAGCCAACCCAAUCACUUCUUGGCAAGGACGAUUCCGGAGCACUUACUGAAACCGAUAGUGAUCGACUUGCAUCAAAAUCGCGCGAGAUUGUUGACAGCAUUCGAUCGAUCUCCUCCAGCAAAAGGAAAGAAGAUUCGAUCACCGUGGAAUGGUCGCCAAUAGCAUUAGAAAGAUGUUUGAAAUUUUUCUCCCCUCCAAACAUCCGUCGCUUUCUAGCAUACUUCUGGUCGCUGUGGUAUCCGCACUGCCCGAUCGUUCAUAAACCGCUCUUCGAUGCUUCUUCAGCUUCACCAUCACUAUUGUGUGUUAUGCUCAUUAUCGGAGCCUGUUUGUCUCCACGGGAACGGGAUAUGGAAGAUGCACGGGAAUGGAUGGAUACUGCCGAAGAGCUUGUUUUCAGUCACGAGUGUUUUCGAGGCGAGGCGAUAGCAGGUCAAGUGACGAAGCUAUGCAUGAAAGAGAAAGUACAGUGCCUACAGGCUUCUUAUAUGGUGUGCUCACUUCAGAAGCGGGAGGGGUCAGCUGAAGCCCAGGCCAGAAGCAGGCGUCAUCGACAUGCAUCGAUGGUGGCGUUAACAAGAAGUAUUGGCCCCAAGACAGCAUCUCACCGUCACUUGAGCUAUGAGGAGAUGUCAGAUGGCUGGUGGAGGGAUUUUGUGGAAAAGGAAGAACUCAUCAGGACAAUGACAUUCAUAUUUCUGAUGGAUGCGGCGCUCACAAUUUUACACAACUCGCCUCCACGAAUGGUCGUUUCAGAACUAAAAAUGGAUGUCGCAUGUCCCGAAUCAUGCUUCCAAGCCGAAUCCGCUCAGGAGUGUAACAAGAACCUUCGCACUUGGGCCGUGACUCGUUUCUGGAAGAAGCGGAUUUCCGUGGUUUCAGUUGUGAGGAGAGUCUGUCAAAGCAUAAUCGAUGAUGACCUUGUCCAAGAAUACUCCUUUAUUGGGACCUUUAAUCUAUUCACGAUGGUCCAAGCAAUCCACUCGCUGAUGUUCCAUCUUCACAACUCGCUUGUCUUCGAGUCGACACUUGCGCCUGUGCAAACAGGUCUUGAGAACUGGCGACGUAUCUGGUGCGAGAGAGUUCCGGAAGAUCUCGGGUUGCCAGACACGCCAGAGAAUCUAUGGAAGCAGGUUGGGUUUCUCCGCCAAGCCUCUGAGUUCUGGCAGUUGGCUAGGAUCAUGGCAGACGAGAUUAUGUCAACUACGAACGGGUGUGAGGAUGAAAAUGACGAGGAGGAAGAGAGAAGCAAAGCUCUUUCUCGAUAUGACCAUACAGAUAUGGGUGAUGUGAAUGGGCUGAUCAUGCAGUAUCGAAGAUUGAAUCUUGGUGUGAGCUAA